CACUGCGCUAAAACUUUAUGUUGAGGGGAAAUAAAUAAUUAAAACAAAACAAAAUAAAAUAAAUAAAAUAAACACGCAGAACGUGCGCGUGCGCGGUACGCCGCACAUGCGUCUGGUCACCUUGGUAACGGUUUGUUGACACCGUCUUUUUUGGCGUGAUGAGACUGAAACGGCUGCACAUACGAUACUACCCACCAGGAAUAUUCCUGGACUAUGAGAAAGGGGGGCAGCUUAGGACGAAAUCCAUCGAUCUGCUGAACUUGACUCCAGAGACUGAUGUGUCUGAGUUAGUGUCCGACAUUAGAGCAGCUGAACCUCUCAUCAGCUCAUCCUGCGCUGAGCAGCUCAAAGUCCUGAUCGGCAAGCUACAAGAGAAAGUCAGCCAAAAGGACGACCGCAAGUUCUACCUUUUCAGGGCACUCCAGGCUCACAUCUUGCCCCUGACGAAUGUAGCCUUCAAUAAAUCAGGAUCGAGUUUUAUAACCGGAAGCUAUGACAGGACUUGUAAAAUAUGGGACACCGCAUCUGGAGAGGAGCUGCACACUUUGGAGGGUCACAGGAACGUUGUGUAUGCCAUCGCUUUCAACAACCCUUACGGAGACAAGGUUGCCACUGGCUCAUUUGACAAGACCUGCAAAUUGUGGAGUGCUGAAACAGGAAAGUGUUUCUACACAUUUCGAGGGCACACAGCAGAAAUCGUCUGCUUGGCCUUCAACCCUCAGAGUACCCUGGUUGCUACAGGCAGCAUGGACACCACGGCUAAAUUAUGGGAUGUUGAGAGUGGGAAAGAGGUGUCCACAUUGGCAGGUCACUUCGCCGAGAUCAUCUCUCUCUCCUUUAACACAAUGGGUGAUCAUUUGGUGACGGGGUCGUUUGACCACACUGCCAUUCUGUGGGACGCUUGUUCUGGCAGCAAAGUUCACGUUCUCACAGGUCACCGAGGAGAAAUCAGUUGUGUUCAGUUCAACUGGGACUGUUCCCUCAUCGUCACGGCCUCUCUGGAUAAAACCUGCAAGGUUUCUGUCUCUCUUCACUCUGUAAUUCUCAUUCUGUCUUGUGUGUGGGCUGCAGACAGUGGUCAGUGUCUGGCUUCUCUCUUGGGUCAUAAUGAUGAAGUGUUGGAUGUGUGUUUUAACUACACUGGUCAGCUGAUCGCUACGGCCUCUGCUGAUGGUACAUCAAGAGUGUUCAGCGCAGAAACCUUCCAAUGUUUGUGUCAGUUAGAGGGCCAUAAAGGAGAGAUAUCUAAGGUGUGUUUUAAUCCGCAGGGGAGCCGUGUUUUGACGGCGAGUGUGGAUAAGACGGCUCGUGUGUGGUGUGUGAACACGGGAGUGUGUUUGCAGGCGCUGGAGGGACACUCUGAUGAGAUCUUCUCCUGCGCUUUCAACUACGAGGGAGACACCAUCAUUACAGGCAGUAAAGACAACACCUGCAGGAUCUGGCACUGAGAGAGCGGCCUGAACUCCUGCACCGCUUUUGAUUAAGAUAUUGUGUGCAUUCUUGUAACACUGCCAUAGUAUUUCAAUUCACAGAGAACAUGGAAGUGUGGAGUACAUUGUGGUGACCCUUUACUUGAAGCCUUAUGCAUUAUAAAGGUAUUCAUGAUACAUGUUGUGAAUGAUGCAUUAUAUCUUUCAUGAAUGACUGGAAGUAAAUUUAAUGCAUUAUUAAAUGCAUUAUAAUAUUGUCAGAGUCUAAAAUUGGUUGUUUGUCAAAUUUUAAUGCAUAAUUUUUUAUUUGUUGUAGUUAUAAAUAGAUAAGUAUUAUAAUUUAUUAUACCUGUGAUUAUUCAUGAGAUCAUCCAAUGUAUUGUAAUUAAUGCAUUAAAAUACUUUUAUAAUGCAUUAUAUAAAGUGCUUCAAGUAAAGUGUUCCCAACAUUGUUUGCUGUUAAGUUUAAUACAAG